UUGACUGGAGGCUCCACCAGCCAAUCAGCAGGCUGCAUCCCACCUCUGUCAUCGGCCAUUGCUAGAGGAAGGGAUUGGCUUGUGUGAUCUGAGCUUGGAAGGCAGAUGAAAUGCCAGGUCUGCUCUGCCUCUGGGGACAACCAGGCUGCCUCAUAAUGGGAACCAACACUCGCUCAGCUCAGGGGCAGUAGCAUCCAAUUUAGCAUCAGGAAAACACAGGGCUCCACCUUUCUUUCUUUCUUUUCUGUCUGCUGCUCUGGUGUGGUCUCUGGUCUACCUUCAUGAGACUGCUGGUGGGCUCUGUCACUCCCCUGUCCUCACCAUCCAUCCUCUCUGGAACAGGUUGAUCCUUUACUGUUUCUGUAUAUUUUGCGCCGAAGAGCUGCUUUUUGGAAUCCCACUCCUCCAUGUACGAUAACUUGUACCUGCAUGGAUUUGAAGACUCGGAGGCGGGCUCAGCUGAUUCCUACACAAGCCGACCGUCUGACUCGGAUGUGUCACUGGAGGAGGAGAAGGAGGGUGGCAGGCAGGAGAGGGAGCAGCAGGCUACUGUUCAGCUCGAGAGGGCAAAGACUAAAGCAGUGGCAUUUGCUGUGAGGACCAAUGUCAGCUACUGUGGUGCUCUGGAUGAGGACGUUCCUGUGGCUGGCACUGCCGUCUCCUUUGAUGCCAAGGACUUCCUCCACAUCAAGGAGAAAUUUAACAAUGACUGGUGGAUCGGCCGUCUGGUGAAAGAAGGCUGUGACAUUGGCUUCAUCCCGAGCCCUCUGAAGCUGGAAAACAUUCGACUCCAGCAGGAACAGAAGAGGGGACGCUUCCAUAGCAGUAAGUCAAGUGGGAAUUCCUCUUCCAGUCUGGGAGAAAUGGUGUCAGGCACAUUCAAGCCUAACCCCAACUCUGCAGGAAAGCAGAAACAGAAAGUGGCUGAGCACAUCCCUCCAUAUGACGUGGUUCCCUCCAUGAGGCCGGUUGUCCUGGUGGGACCAUCCCUUAAAGGUUACGAGGUGACUGAUAUGAUGCAGAAGGCGCUCUUUGACUUCCUGAAGCACCGGUUCGAUGGGAGGAUAUCCAUCACAAGGGUAACAGCUGACAUAUCAUUGGCCAAGAGGUCAGUACUAAACAACCCCAGUAAGAGGGCCAUCAUUGAGAGAUCCAACACCCGCUCCAGCCUUGCAGAGGUCCAGAGUGAAAUAGAAAGAAUCUUUGAACUGGCCAGAUCUCUACAGCUGGUAGUGCUGGAUGCAGACACCAUUAACCAUCCAGCACAGCUCAUCAAGACCUCAUUAGCACCCAUUAUCGUCCACGUUAAAGUGUCCUCACCCAAGGUCCUCCAGCGGCUGAUCAAAUCAAGAGGGAAAUCUCAAAGCAAACACCUGAAUGUGCAGCUUGUUGCAGCAGAAAAGUUGGCACAGUGUCCUUCUGAAAUGUUUGAUAUUAUUCUGGAUGAGAAUCAGCUGGAAGAUGCUUGUGAACACCUUGCAGAGUACCUGGAGGCAUACUGGCGUGCUACACACACUUCACUUAGCACGCCACUCAACCCCCUGUUGGGCCGCAAUCUGGGUUCUACUGCUCUCUCCCCGUAUCCUACUGCCAUUCAGGCCCAAAGAAAUCGCAACAGCAACCACACAACAACAGACCAUUCACCAGUAGAACGUCGUAGCCUGAUGCCUGCUGACGAGAACUACCAUAACGAACGGGCACGGAAAAAUCGCAACCGGCUGUCUUCGGGCUCACAGCACAGCCGGGACCACUCACCUCUGGUGGAGGAGGACUACCAGGACCCCUACCCGGAUUCUUACAAGCCUCAUCGUAACCGAGGAUCCCCAGGAGGUUACAGCCAGGACUCAAGGCACCGGCUUUGAGCUGAGGCCAACUUUGCUGAUAAAACUACUACACUCAUUUGGACUGUAACAACCAUGUAUCAAUGUGUAGUACCUCAUUUUCCCUUUGGCCUUGGCUCCUGCCAAAUGAGCAUUUGAAAAAAAUUACAAAUCCUGCUCUUGCUUUGAUGUGAGCAAGGAAAUGGACUGGAUAUGAAGGUAGCACAAGAGCAGAAAAGUUUUGUUUUAAAGGGAAAGCUAUAGCUGGACCUGAUCUCAGUAUAUCCCAGAUGUGGCUUGUGAGUGAAGUACACUAGCAGGUGAUAGUGUGCCACAUAGGCUCUUCUGGGCCCUCCCUGCCAUCUCAGCUGUUACUGUAGCAUGCAGGUAGGUUUGUUACUACUGGUCAAUACUUGCCACAAAGCCAGUGCCAGACAGCAAGAGCAUCCAGCAGUGAUGAUCAGCACAGAACCUGUUUGCACGUGUGUGAGCGUAGUAAACCCCGUGAAAGCCUGUUCCCAAAUCCAGAGUUUUACACAUUUGUUUUUGAAGUGACAUGGAUGGUGUUGUGGUGUUCUCUUCAGGGUUCAGUCAUACAGUAGCUCCCUGUGACCCCUCUUUGUUAUUUCUAAAUUCCAUUUUUUUUUGUCAUUAACCAUAUCAAGACAGAAAUAUAAAAAUCAUGCAGAUAAACAUUUCAAAGCGCCAAAUCUCAGGAAUGAGAGGUCAGUUAGACCUAGAUGUGUGCUGAAGAUGUAUCGUUCAUGUACGUACCCAUCUAAUGGGGAUAUGAUUCUGAGCAUUAUAUAAACAGAUUUUAUGAUGUAGUUGUUACAAAAAAGCUAUUAAUAUAAGGAAGGAACACUUCCAGGACAGGGGUAAGUAAAAUGCUUGUGCCAGCAUGUUUUCAUAUGCCAUGCGUUUAUCAACUGCUGUUGUCUGUCUUGUGUCUGGCAGGACAUCAUUUUUGACUUGAUAUGAUUGGGUUUUAGUGAGUGAGUUAUUCUGAGGGCUUCCAUGUGUAAAUACAGUCAAAAUAAUUGAAGGAAAAUAAACCUUAAUUUAUUUAAACUUUCACUUUAAGCACAUUAAAUUACAUUCCAUUCAUUUCUUCUUUCAAAGCCUUGCACACCUUCCGCCUUCCGAUGAAAAAGAUAAUUUUGCUCCAUUUUAUUUUAUUAUUAAAGGUUUUAUAAAAUAUCAUUUACAUGUUUUUUUCUUUUGAGUAGCAACUUUUCUGUAUUUCCAGCUGUAGCUUUUUCAUUGUAUUCAGUUUGUGUUUCAGUAAAGACUCCAAAUGGUGAAAAACUAUCUGAAAGCACUUGGACAAGGCUGCACUGCACUUGUCACAAUUUCUUUUACUUUGAUGGACAAAAUGUAGAACUGCUCCCAGCUUUUUUAAUCUGAUGAAUUCCCUUCCCUCUGUCAUCUUUUAAUGACAUAUCCUUGUAUGUUGUAAUUUAAUAUUUGUUAAUUUUUUCCGUUCAUUGGCCAGAGAUCUGCUUAAGUGAUUGUGGAAAAGAAAGAUCAACUAGACCUCCGUUCUUAUCUGCCAUAUACAGUAGCUUUUAUUGGUGUUGUUUCAAAACUCUGGAGCAACAGUUUAAAAGAUUUAAAUACUGCCUGUGAGAGAAUGAUGCAUUGAUUAGAAGUUUGUGUGCAGUGUCAUUUUACAAUUGUAAUGAAAUAAACUGCCCUUAUGCUGUUGGAUAGCACUGU